UUUUUCAAAAAGAAUUACACCCAGUUGUUCAGGUUGUUUUCAGAGCCCUCUUCUUUCCAUUACUCCAAGAUGCAGAAAAUUAAGUCUCUAAUGGCUCGACAGGGCCUUAAAAGCCCCCAAGAAAGCAUGGCGGAUAUCAGUCCUAUAGAGAACUUCAGGAUCCCCAGCAAGGAGGAGUUAAGGGAGCUGAGAGAACAACCCAUUGAUCCUCAGGCGGAGCAGGAGAUCAUCGACAGCAUUGAGGAGGUGUACUUCUCCAGUGACUCCUUUGAUAUGGUGCAAUAUGAGCUGGAGAAACUUCCACCUGAUUUGAACCUCCAAGAGCUGGAAGAGUACAGGGACAAACUGAAGCGGCAGCAGGCAGCUGUGUCAAAAAAGGUUGCAGACCUCAUCCUGGAGAAGCAGCCCUCGUAUGUUAAGGAACUGGAGAGAGUGACAUCACUACAGACGAAUCUCCAAUUGGCCGCCGUCAUCUGCACUAAUGCCAGAAGGCAGCUGAGAUGUGCUAAAGAGGGCUUUACUGAAGCAAGCCUUGGGCUCUUGGCCAAUCAGAGGCGCAGACAGCUGCUGACGGGACUGCUCAAAUCUUUGAGAACCAUAAAGACUCUGCAAAGGACAGAUGUUAGACUCAGUGAAAUGCUAGAGGAGGAGGACUAUCCAGGUGCGAUCCAGUUGUGUUUGGAAUGUCAGAAAGCCGCCAGCACUUUCAAACACUACAGCUGCAUAAGUGAAUUGAAUUCGAAGCUCCAAGACACUCUGGAACAAAUAGAGGAGCAGCUGGACGUGGCCCUGUCGAAAACCUGCAAACAUUUCGAUGUUGCCCACUACACCAAAGUUCAGCUGGCGUAUUCACUCCUGGGGAAGACACAGACGGCCAUGGACCAGCUGCACAUGCACUUCACUCAGGCCAUCCACAACACCGUAUUCCAGGUAGUGCUGGGCUACGUGGAGCUCUGCGCCGGGAACGCCGACACCAAGUUCCAGAAGAUGCAGUACAAGGACCUGUGCACGCACAUCACGCCCGACAGCUACAUCCCCUGCCUCACUGACCUCUGCAAGGCAUUAUGGGAAGUGAUGCUCAGCUACCACAGGACCAUGCAGUGGCAUGAGGAGCAUGACAAAGAAGAAACUGCAGCACCCAGUGGAGAUGGCAGUAGUGCAGAGGGCUCAGAAGAGUCCACCGUAGGCCGCAGCUACGUAAAGAAGAAGCUAGAGCACGGGCUCACACGGAUCUGGCAGGAUGUCCAGCUUAAAGUCAAAGCUUACUUGCUGGGAACCGACAUGUCUAACUUCAAAUACGAUGACUUCAUUGUGGUGUUGGAUGUUAUCAGCAGGCUCAUGCAGGUGGGAGAGGAAUUCUGUGGCAGUAAGUCGGAGGUGCUGCAGGAGUCCAUUAAACGCCAGAGCAUCAACUACUUUAAGAACUAUCACAGAACCCGUCUGGAGGAGUUGCGGAUGUUCCUGGAAAACGAGACGUGGGAACUUUGUCCUGUUAAGUCUAACUUCAGUAUUGCCCAACUCCAUGAGUUCAAGUUCAUGGGUCAGUGUCGUUCACCCUCCGUGUCUCCCAGCAGACAGCCAAACUUAACAUCUCCUGAGGUGGUCUCUCUGUUUGAACAGUACCACAAUGGAGGAAACCCUUUUGAGAUGCAGAUCGACAACAAGGAGGAGGAGACUGAGGAUGUGCUUGCCUCUAAUGGGUACGAGUCGGACGAGCUGGAGAAGAACGUGUAUCAGGACUACGACAGUGACAGCGAUGUGCCUGAAGAACUGAAGCAAGACUACGUGGAUGAGCAGACAGGUGACAUCCCCGUGAAGAGUGUAUCCAGAGAAACUCUCCGCAGCAGGAAGAGGUCGGACUACAACCUGAACAAAGCCAACGCCCCCAUCCUAACCAACACCACCCUGAAUGUAAUCCGGCUAGUCGGAAAGUACAUGCAGAUGAUGAACAUUCUGAAACCCAUCGCCUUCGACGUCAUCCACUGCAUGUCUCAGCUCUUUGACUACUACCUGUACGCCGUCUACACGUUCUUUGGGAGGAAUGACAUGUAUGAAUCAUCAGGACUGGGCCUGAUUAGCAGCAGACUCAGGACCACGUUGAACCGUAUCCAGGAGAGCCUUAUUGACGUGGAAGCAGGCUCGGACAGCGCCGGCCCUCACCCUAACCCGGAGGAGAGGAAGGAGAAGGUGCCCAGUCCCCACCUCAGUCAGCUGGUGGUCCUGACCACUAGUGACACGCUCUACGGCCUGGCAGAGAGAGUGGUCGCCACCGAGUCACUGGUCUUCCUGGCCGACCAGUUUGAGUUCCUGCAGCCACAUCUCGACACCAUCAUGCCGGCCGUCAAGAAGCCCUUCCUCCAGCAGUUCUACUCACAGACGGUGUCCACAGCCAGCGAACUUCGCAAACCCAUUUACUGGAUCGUGGCAGCCAAGGCCAUCGAUUACGAGCAGAUGCUGCUGAUGAUGGCGGGAGUGAAAUGGGACAUUAAAGAGAUAAUGUCACAACACAACAUCUAUGUGGAUGUCCUUCUGAAGGAGUUUGAACAAUUCAACCACAGGCUGGCCGACGUGUCUAAACGGGUUCGGAUCCCCCUGCCCGUGUCUAAUGUUCUGUGGGAGCACUGUAUCCGCCUGGCCAACAGAACCCUGGUGGAGGGCUAUGCUAAUGUGAAGAAGUGCAGUAAUGAAGGACGUGCCCUCAUGCAGCUUGACUUCCAGCAGUUCCUCAUGAAGCUGGAGAAGCUGACCGACCUCCGACCUAUCCCUGACAAGGAGUAUGUGGAGACCUACAUUAAGGCCUACUACUUGACGGAGAAUGACAUGGAGCAGUUCAUCAAGAACCACAGGGAGUACUCCAUGAAGCAGUUGGCUAACCUGGUCAACGUCUGCCUGGGCUCCCACAUCAACAAAAAGGCCAGACAAAAACUCCUCGCAGCCAUCGACGACAUCGACAGACCCAAGAGAUAAACAGCAGACUGCAGCUGUACAGAAAAACAAAAGUCCUCUACCAUCCAGUCCUUAAUUAGAUUCCAGUCUGUUCUGUCGUUGCAUGGCUAGCCUUUCAU